AUAAAUACUGAUACGCUCGUCGCCCUGCAGGCACCUCGGGACCUAGACCGAGACUCAAAGUGAAGGUGUGGACUGUGGGGUCGGCUUCCACUAGACCUGUACUAUGAAGGUGAUUGCUUCCAAAAACGAUCCUCCCCUUGGGGCGGUGCUGACGUGCUCUCGGGCAGGAGUGACAGUGGAGUGGGGCAAGGAGACCUGUCUGGCCCUCACUGACUCCUUCUCCAUCACCUCUUCCCACUGCAUCUCCCGCCAUGUGGCCCGGGUCAACCCCUCCCUCGACCUGUACCCCUCCCAUAUCCUGCACCGCACGGAGGUUGACCACUGGCUGUCCACCGCAUCUGGCCCCCUGUCCUGUGGCGGGGACAUCGUGGCCACCCUGGAGCAGCUCAACAAGGCCCUCGCUCCCUCGCCUGUGCUGGUGGGGCAGAAGAUCACCGUUGCGGACCUGGAGGUGUUCGCUGCUCUCUAUAGGAAUGGAUCCUGGCAAGCGUUGGUAAAGAGUGGCGGUGCUCCCACACACACCCUACGCUGGUACAACUACAUUCAGACCCAGGUGAAUGACAUCCUGGCAGUUCUUCCUAGCGAUGUGCAGAAGGCCCUGACCUCCUCGCAGGCUGUCUCUUCCCCUGAGAAGGUUGGAGGCACCGCUAAGAAGCCUGAGGAGGGAGGCAAGUUUGUGGAGCUGCCUGGUGCCAAGAUGGGUGAGGUGGUUGUGAGGUUCCCCCCAGAAGCCAGUGGGUACUUGCACAUUGGUCACGCCAAGGCUGCACUCCUCAACCAGUACUAUCAGCUGGCAUUUAAGGGAAAGCUGAUCAUGAGGUUUGAUGAUACAAACCCUGCCAAGGAAGAUGCAGAGUUUGAGCGAGUCAUCCUGGAGGACCUGGAGCUGCUGCAGAUCAAGCCGGAUGUGUUCACCCACACCUCAGAUCACUUUGACCGCCUGCUACAGCUGUGUGAGCAGCUACUGGACCGUGGACUGGCUUACUGCGAUGACACAGAUGCUGAGACCAUGAAGAAGGAGCGCGAGGAGCGGAAGGAGAGCAGGAACCGCAACAACUCUGUGGAGAAGAACCGUGCCAUGUGGGAGGAGAUGAAGAAGGGAACAGAGAAGGGCCUGGCGUGCUGUGUGCGUGCCAAGAUUGACAUGAACAGUGACAAUGGCUGCAUGAGGGACCCCACCAUCUACCGGUGCAAGAAUGAGCCCCACGUGCGCACUGGCACUAAGUACAGGGUGUACCCCACCUAUGACUUCGCCUGCCCUGUGGUGGACAGUGUGGAGGGCGUCACCCAUGCCCUGCGUACCACCGAGUACCAUGACCGUGAUGACCAGUACUUCUGGUUCAUUGACAAGUUGGGGCUGCGGCCACUGCACAUCUACGAGUACUCGCGUCUCAACAUGAACAACACAGUGCUGUCCAAGCGCAAACUGACCUGGUUUGUUUCGGAGGGCCUGGUGGAUGGCUGGGAUGACCCGCGCUUCCCCACGGUGCGUGGCGUGCUGCGCCGCGGUCUCACUGUGGAGGGACUGAAGGACUUCAUCAUAGCACAGGGGUCUUCCCGCUCUGUGGUCAACAUGGAGUGGGACAAGAUCUGGUCCUUCAACAAGAAGGUGAUUGACCGCACUGCCCCACGCCACACGGCCCUGCAGGGCGAUCUGGUGCCCGUGUUGGUGUCUGGGGCCACUGAGCAGGCCACCACGGCCCAGCGGCACCCCAAGGACCCAGCCCUGGGCACCAAGACUGUGUGGGUGGGGCCGCGAGUGCUGGUGGAGGCAGCUGAUGCAGAGCAGCUGCAGGAGGGUCAGAAUGCAACCUUUAUUAACUGGGGCAACAUCCGGAUUAAGAAGCUGCAGCGGCAGGAUGGUCGGGUGGUGGCAGUGGAGGCGGAGGCCAACACUGCUGACACGGACUACAAGAAGACUCUCAAGGUGACCUGGUUGGCGGACAGCCCUCAAAGCCCCGCAACACCCCUUGUCUGCGUCUACUUUGACCACCUCAUCAACAAGAGUGUGCUGGCCAAGGAUGAGGACUUCAAGAGCUUCAUAGGCCAUGAGACCCGCGCUGAGCUGAGCAUGGUGGGUGACCCUGAGUUGCGCCAUGCCAAGGUGGGUGACAUUGUGCAGCUACAGCGCAAGGGAUUCUUCCGUGUGGAUGAGGCAUAUGCACCAGUCAGCCUCAGCUCCUGCAGGGAACGACCCGUGGUGCUCUUCUCCAUCCCUGAUGGCCACUCCAAGGAUGCCCCCACAGCUGCCUCCAUCAAGAAGCUGGCUGGCAUGAGUGCCAAGGAGCGGCACCAAAGUGGCCAGGGAAAGAAGGCUGAGAAGAGCCCCCAGGAGGAAGUGCGGCCUGUGGUUGGGGCUGGGGCUGGGAAUGGGCAGGCCUUACUGGAUGCCAUCAAGGUGCAGGGCGACAAGAUUCGGCAGAUCAAGGCCAGCAAGGCAGACAAGAAUGUGGUGAUGGCUGAGGUGGAUGUCCUCAAGAAGCUGAAGAAGGACUUCCAGGAUGCCACGGGCCUGGAGUGGAAGCCAGACAUUGUGCUGCCUGCUGCUGCCCCUGCUGCUGCUGUCCCAGCUGAGGCCUCCAAGUCGCCAGUAGACAUCCACCGGGAAAUCAAGGCCCAGGGUGACAAGGUGCGGGAGCUAAAGGCGGCCAAGGCAGAGAAGGAUGUGGUGAAGGGCGAGGUGGACACACUGUUGGCCCUUAAGAAGGCCUUUAAGGCAGCCACGGGGCAGGACUGGAAGCCGGAUGUGGAUGUGUCACAGCUGAGUGGCUCCUCACCCGCCUCCUCACCUGCCACCUUCUCCCCCUCCUCUACCCCCUCCUCCUCAGGGAAGGGCUCCAGCACAGCCCUGGACUUGCACCAGCAGAUCAAGGCUCAGGGUGACACUGUGAGGGCCCUCAAGGCUGAGAAGGCUGACAAGGACAAGAUCAAGCAGGCUGUGGAUGCCCUGCUGGCACUCAAGGGUCAGUUCAAGGCUGCCACUGGCAUUGACUGGAAGCCAGACAUUGACAUGUCACAGUUCAGUGGCCAGGCCUCCCCUGCCACAUCUGCCUCACCUGCUACCCCUGCCUCCCCUGCCUCAGGGAAGGGCUCCAAUGCCGCCCUGGACCUUCACCAGCAGAUCAAGGCUCAGGGUGAUGUAGUGCGGGCCCUCAAGUCUGAGAAGGCUGACAAGGACAAGAUCAAGCAGGCAGUUGAUGCCCUGCUAGCACUCAAGGGGCAGUUCAAGGCUGCCACCAGCAUUGACUGGAAGCCAGACAUUGAUGUAUCACAGUUCUCUGAGGCUGCCAGCAAUGGAAGUGGCGGCAACGUGCCAGUCACUGCUGCAGCCAAGGCCAGCCCUGCCAAGCCUGCUUCUGCUAGGGCCAGCCCUGCCAAGACCAGCGCUGCCAAGACCAGCCCUGCCAAGACCACCCCCACCAAGACCACCCCUGCCAAGGCAGCCAAGGCAGAAGAGGGUGGCAGCAAGAAGCAGACCCGCCUGGGUCUGGAGGCAAGAAAGGAGGAAAACCUGGCAGACUGGUACUCACAGGUGAUCACCAAGGCGGAAAUGAUAGAGUACUACAAUGUGUCAGGCUGCUACAUCCUGCGGCCAUGGGCUUUCUCCAUCUGGGACUCCAUCAGGACCUUCCUGGAUGGCAAGAUCAAGGAGUUGGGUGUGGAGAACACCUACUUUCCACUCUUUGUGUCCCGCGAGGCCCUGGAGCGGGAGAAGACCCACAUCAGCGACUUCUCCCCUGAGGUGGCCUGGGUCACCCGCUCCGGCUCCAGUGAGAUGGCUGAACCGGUGGCCAUCCGGCCCACCUCAGAGACGGUCAUGUACCCAGCGGUGGCCAAGUGGGUGCAGUCCCACCGUGACCUCCCCAUGCGGCUCAACCAGUGGAACAAUGUGGUGCGGUGGGAGUUCAAGCAGCCCACGCCGUUCCUCCGCACCAGGGAGUUCCUGUGGCAGGAGGGCCACACAGCCUUUGCCACACAGGCUGAGGCGGUGCAGGAGGUGCACCAGGUGCUGGAGCUGUACGCGCAGGUGUAUGAGGAGCUGCUGGCUGUGCCUGUGGUGCGUGGCCGCAAGACAGAGAAGGAGAAGUUUGCUGGUGCAGACUUCACCACCACCACAGAGGCCUUCAUCUCGGCCAGUGGGCGCGGCAUCCAGGGUGCCACCUCCCACCACCUCGGCCAGAACUUCUCCAAGAUGUUUGAAAUCGUGUUUGAGGACCCGGAGACCAAGGAGAAACGGUAUGUGUUCCAGAACAGCUGGGGCCUCACCACCCGCACGGUGGGCGUGAUGGUGAUGGUGCAUGGUGACAACAAGGGCCUGGUGCUGCCGCCGCGUGUGGCCAGCGUGCAGGCUGUCAUCAUGCCCGUUGGCAUCACUGCCAAGACCACUGAGGCGGAGAAGGCUGCACUUUACCAGGCCUGCCAGGAUCUAGAAGGGGAACUGCAGGCUGGUGGGGUGCGGGCACGGCGUGACCUGCGGGACAAUGUGACACCUGCCUGGAAGUUCAACCACUGGGAACUGAAGGGUGUGCCCCUCAGGCUGGAGCUUGGCCCCAGGGAGGUGGCUGCUGGCCAGGUGUUUGUGGUGCGCCGUGACACUGGGGAGAAGCUGGCUGUGCCCCGGGCCGGAGUGGCGGCAGCCAUCUCUGCCAUUCUGGAGGACGUUCACCGGGACAUGUUUGGUCGCGCCCAUAAGGACCUGAAGGAACACAUGGCCAAAGUCCACAGCUGGGCAGAGUUCACUUCCAGCUUGGAUGGUGGCAAUAUGCUACUGGCGCCCUUCUGUGGCCAGGAGGAGUGCGAGGAUGUCAUCAAGAAGGAGUCGGCCCGGGAGGAGGCAGUCGAGCCAGGCGCCCCGGCCAUGGGAGCUAAGAGCCUGUGCAUUCCCUUUGACCAGCCUGGCCCCGUGGACAGCCUGGCUUGCAUACAUCCCGCCUGCAAGACCAAGCCACAAUUCUACACACUGUUUGGCCGGUCCUACUAGCCAGGCUACUAGCCUGGUGUCACCCCAUCCCCCCUGGGAUUGGGCCCCCAGCCCAGUCAUGGCAGAUUAAGUGACUCCAUUAAUUUAGUGUCACCACAGCAGGAGGGUUUUGUGGUACUGUGCUGUGGCUCAGGAUGUGACGAUCAGGCCAUGGGAGGUGGCAGGCCUGGCAGGGUGUGUUAGUGGCUGGGGUGACAAACAGUGCUGUGCCACACCAGAGAUAGGGAUGGCUGGCACUGGUGUAGUGUCAGGAGGUGACCUCUUGUAUUUAUUUCUUUGGGAGAAAUAUUUUAUUGUGUUCAACUACUGCAUUGGUCACACACACACACACACACACACACACACACACACACACACACACACACACACACACACACACACACACACACACACACACACACACACACUCA